AUGGGGAGUGAGACAAAGAUAUUUAUAGUUAUGGAGUUCGUAACUGGAGGGGAGCUCUUUGACAAAAUUGUUAGUGACAAUUUUCUUCCGGUAAACAAUGGAAGGAUGAGAGAAGAUGAAGCACGGAGAUAUUUCCAACAGCUUAUUAACGCAGUUGAUUACUGCCAUAGCAGGGGUGUCUAUCAUAGAGAUCUGAAGCCAGAAAAUUUGCUAUUGGAUGCAUGUGGGAACCUUAAAGUUUCUGAUUUCGGAUUGAGUGCACUAUCCCAACAAGUCAGGGAUGAUGGGUUAAUUCACACUACCUGUGGAACUCCAAAUUAUGUUGCUCCUGAGGUCCUCAACGGUGGAGGCUAUGAUGGGGCAACUGCGGACUUGUGGUCAUGUGGAGUGAUACUCUUUGUAUUGCUUGCAGGUUACUUGCCUUUUGAUGAUUCGAAUCUUAUGAUCCUGUAG